AUGGCGACUCGGCUUGGCUCUACCACCUUAGCUCCUACGGGAAAGCUUCUCACACGCUACUCGGUUGAGACUGUGCGGCCCGACAGCUCGCUCUGCCGGGGGUGCCGCUCCGUCCGGCGCCUGCUGUGCUGCGGGAAGGACGCGCAGCUCACGCGAUCUGACUGUUCUAACGUCCGAACGUGGAACGAAUUCGGACUGAGAUCCCCGUCAUCUUCCGGCUUCGCGGCCCGCUGCGCGCUGUCGCGGGGCUUCCCUCGGCGCCCGUCACGCCUCAGUCACUGCGCGCAGCAGGGAAGGGCACUUGGGGGUUUGGUUUUCAACCUGCUGCGGGAAGACCUUGCUUUUCUCAGCACCUUGUUUGUGUCUGUCGGGCUUAAAAACACACGCCAUUCCGUCACCGUGGUUUAUACUAUCAACUUGGAAUCUCGUUAUUUACUAAUACAAGGAGUUCCUGCAUUAGGUGUAAUGAAGGAACUGGUUGAACAAUUUGCAUUAUAUGGUGCCAUUGAAGAGUAUCAUGCUCUAGAUGAGUACCCAGCAGAGCAAUUUACUGAAGUUUACCUUAUAAAAUUCCAAAAACUGCAGUGUGCAAGGGUGGCCAAGAAAAAAAUGGACGAACGAAGUUUCUUUGGUAGUUUGCUGCACGUGUGCUAUGCCCCAGAAUUUGAAACAGUCCAAGAAACCAGGGAGAAGUUGCAGGAUAGAAGGAAGUAUAUAGCCAAAGCAACAAAUCAGAGAGAUUGCUUUGUGUUAAAGAAAGUAGAGGGGCCUAAGAAGACCAUCUCAAAGAUCUCUGACUGUCUGUGGGGUACACCAGGGUCAUGCGCAACUGGUACCUGGGAUCCAUCCUGCUUUUCAAGUUGUCACAGGGUAUCCCAAAACACAGGGUAUCCACCUGGGAAUCGUAAUCAGAGCCUGCUGGCGUUUCCCCAGUAUGGUAACAACUGUGCUGAAACUUGUGGGUACUCUGGCCAAAGCGCAUCCCUGACUCUAAACGUACAGCCGGGAGGACACACUCCACCAGCUCCUUUAAUGCAGCAAAGGAUGGGUCCGGUGGAUAACGGAGUUGAUAGGUUUAUGCCUCGUACAACUCACCUGCAAGAACGUAAGAGGAAGAGGGAGGAAGGGAGCAUGUUUUCCCUCACUGGAACAAGUGCAGACAAUACUGAAGUCAUCAUUGGUCCACAGCUACCAGAAAUACCUAAAGUGGAUAUGGAUGAUGAUUCACUGAAUACUUCAGCUACAUUAAUUCGAAAUAAACUGAAAGAGGUAGCAGAUUCUGUUUCAAGAACGUCUUUGGAGAAACCAGAGAGUAGCUCAGCCAAACCACUUGUAAAGCAGAGGAGAAGAAUAUAG